GUAGAACCGUGACACUGCCCCUGUAAGGUUUACUGUUCUUUGCAGAAAAGAAAGGAAAUCGUGACGACGUGAGGAGGAAAUCUCUUAAAGAGAACAUCCAGAAUGUGAUUAGCAACACAGUGACGUCACCGAAACGUGAUAAAAAGAAAGGACGCAGCACCACACUGUUUACUAAAAAACGACGAACGAAAAAGAACAAUGAACGACUUAUUGAUUCCAACGACGUCGCGACAUUUAUUGCAAGUGUCGAGAAAGUCAAAACUCCAAAAGGUGCGAUAGAUUUGUCGUUUGACUUUAAAUACUGUACAUAUUGACUCGAUUUGUUAUACUAGAUGGUCCGUGUGGCAGAAAUUGGGCAAAAAAAGAUAGAUGAUCCGAUAUUUCGUCUGGUUUUAGACGCGGUAAACAGAUGGCUUGUCCGUUAAGAAGUGGGCUUGUACCAAUGCUUCUCCAACAACUUGUCAGAUUAGGACGUGUUCGCACUGCUUGUUCUCAAAUAUUUGCUUGUUCCCAGAUUAGGACGUGUUCGCACUGCUUGUUCUCAAAUAUUUGCUUGUUCCCAGAUUAGGACGUGUUCACACUGCUUGUUCUCAGAUAUUUGCUUGUUCCCAGAUUAGGACGUGUUCGCACUGCUUGUUCUCAAAUAUUUGCUUGUUCCUAGAUUAGGACGUGUUCGCACUGCUUGUUUCCAGAUAUUUGCUUGUUCCUAGAUUAGGACGUGUUCGCACUGCUUGUUCCCAGAUACUGCUUCCAUCAAAUUUUAUUCAUUCGUGUGAGAUGCCACAGAAGCCUUGAUAUUGUUGCCAGAUAGUUGAGAAUUUGUUAACGGCUUGGUGACAACUUGCUACAAGGGUGUUGACCCAAACAACUUGUAACGAAGUCGUUUUAAAACCUUGUCCUGCAAUCCAAAAAGUUGCGAGUGACAGCCUUGUAGCAACUUGAUAAGAUCACAGCAUUGUUACAACUUGUUGACAAGCUUGCUACAAGCCUGUUGCGAACACAUCUUGUUGACAAGUUGUGCGAUUUCUAUGUGUGCAUAUGUGUGGAAAAUAUCAGACAUGAUUUUCCCCCUGAUCCAUUGCCAGGUGAUUAAUACUGGCAAUGCAUCAGGGGAUAAAUCAUGCCUGAUCAUGCAUUCUAGCUAGUUCCUCUGAAAUUAAUAUAUUUACUUUUCCCUAGUCAUUUGCGACGAAAUCAUGCACAAGUACGCAGCUAUUAAGAAGGACCGACCACAUAAAUCUCAAUCAAACGUUACCAUGGAGACUGCGCAAUCGGCACGUGACGAGGAAGGGAUUAUGAAGGAUGCAAAGAAUAAACUCCGAUUGGUAUUAAGUAACGGCUCAGCACCAGUCUUUCCGGUCUGUAGCCCUGCCAGAAAAAGGUAUGAGACCAAGUACCACGUGGCAUAGUGUUUACACUAGAGCAAUAAGCUGUCGUGGUUUGUGUCUGAAUUAUCUGAAAAAGAUAUCUCAAACAUGGUGGUCCAGUGUAGGUAGUAUUCUACAAUAAACUGUCGUGGUUUGUGUCUGAACUACCUGAAAAAGAUAUUUCAAACGUGGUGGUCCGGUGUAGGUAGUAUUCUACAAUAAGCUGUCGUGGUUUGUGUCUGAACUACCUGAAAAAGAUAUCUUCUUUGUUCAUUGUUUGUAGUGAGAAAGCGGGUCGGGCAUUACUCACGUAUCUCAAGCAAGAUUUAGCAGACGCAAUAACUUAUGAAAAUUGCACGAUGGUCGCAAGACUUUAUGAAACAUUGAGUACAUUGGAAAAACUCUCACCCACCAGGUAAAGAUUUGUCAAUGCUGUCUGACACAGUGGCUAGCACAUAUGUCUCUGUGACUAGGCUUCAAUUCCUGCAAUGUACAGUUGUUUGAUUAUAAUUCAACCUCAGUCACUUGUGAGAAGAGUGCUUCCAGUUUGACUCUACCAAACACCACAGGUUUUCUCCUGGUUCAGUCCAGUUUUCUUCUGCACUGCGGUAACCGACUGUAUGAUAACGCAUGUCCCUUACUAGACCUCUGAGAAGAAAAGCUGAGGACUGAUAGAGCUAUCCAGUAUAAAAAAAGUUAGUUUAGGUUUCGGAUGAGUAAGAGAUCAUCUUUACUGACCUCUAGGAAGAACAGUUUAGAACUGAUAGAGCUAUCCAGUAUAAAUAAAGUUAGUUUAGUUUAGGUUUCUUCCUGUCGUAACACUGGAUCAAUAAGAGAUAUCUUUACUGGAUCUCUAGGAAGAACAGUUUAGAACUGAUAGAGCCAUCCAGUAUAAAUAAAGUUAGUUUAAAGCUAAGUUUAGCUUGUUUUCUUUAGUUUUUCAAUGAUAAGGGAAAUCAAGCUAGCUUAUUUUGAAAGAUUACAUUUAUAUGUUUGUUAUUUUAAUCUUUCCUUUUGUAACUAAUGCUUAUUUUCAGAUAUCCUCAAGUGUUAAAUGAACUGCAGCAAGAUUACGUGAGCAGGAAAGCCUACCUUUCCUACCUCGUGCGAGCUCAUCAAGGAUUGGUUGCCACUCGACAGUAUCUGGAGAAGGCGCUGGAGCGAGUUGACAGGUUAGUUAGAAAUCUUUGUUGGUUGCUUUCUCUUGUAAUUCUGGAUCAAUAAGAGAUGAUCCUUUCUGGACCUCUAGGAAGAACAGUUUACAACUAAUAGAGCUAUCCAGUAUAAAUAAAGUUAGUUUAGUUUAGGUUUCCCCCUGUAGUUACACUGGAUCAACAAGGGAUGACUUUCUGCAUGAAGAACAGUUAGAACUGAUAGAGCUACUUUAUCCAGUAGAGAUAAUUAUAAUGAAUCAUUUAUUUUUCAGGGAAAGAGAGAUAUGUCGACGAUAUUUGAUGACUCAAUGUGUCAGUAUGUUUAUAGUGAACCAGAAGGAAAAAUUGGAUGCGUUUGUCGCUAAAUUUGAUAAACUGCCAAUGGCUGAUGAGAAGGUAUGAUAUUGUUUCGUCUUAAAAGGCAAUUUUUGUAUGUUGCCUAUUUGCCUAAAAUGUUUUUGACAUCCUCGUUUUAUCAGGGUACUCAUAUUUAAUCUUUUCUCGUUCUUAGAGUGAGGAAAUGAAGAGUUUUAUACAAGGAAUUAAGGAAGCAUUUCAACAAAGUCCUUUGUGGUUAGGUAAGUAAAGAAACGUUGCUCAACUAAAUUAACUCUUUUAUACUGUGUAGCUUUAUCAGUUCUAAACUGUUCUUCCUAGAGGUCCAGUGAGGAUCAUCUCUUAUUGAUCCAGUGUUACUACAGGAGGAAACCUAAACUAAACUAACUUUAUUUAUACCGGAUAGCUCUAUCAGUUCUAAACUGUUCUCCCUAGAGGUCCAGUAAGGAUCAUCUCUUAUUGAUCCAGUGUUACUACAGGAGGAAACCUAAACUAAACUUAUACUGGAUAGCUCUAUCAGUUCUAAGGGUUAACUGUUCUUAUACUUUUGGUCUGUUAACGUAUCAGCGAGUCACCCCCUGAAAAAUCAUGUUCUAGGUUCGAAUGAUCGACAAAAGGAAGAGGCGUUUGAUGCUGUCGAGAGACAGGCGAUAAGUCGUGUAUACUGGACAGCGGUCUAUGCCUUUGGUGAAACUGAUAAAUUUCGAGACGAGUAAGUUUCUUUGUUUUUAAAAAUACCACAAUGUUGUCCAUGCCAUCCAGUCUCUUAUGGUAUUGAAUUACAACAAGCAAUCUACUAUUUUUCUUAUUUUAGCGUUUUUCACGAGAGUGUAAAAUCCCUGUGUAGCUCGAUCGGUGAAGAUUUUGGUCUUUUGGAAAUAAAAGAGGUAUUACUAUUAAUCUUUAUAAUUACGGAUAUUGUGAACACGCCAUAAGUUGCAUAAAAUUAAAAAAUUACGUAAUUUUUCAGGACUUUCAAAACGAGGCGCCAUGGUUUCCAGCGCAAUAUGAGCUGUACGCCUUGUCCGCUUAUAAGGUACGAGUGUUUCAUUGUAAAUUUUUUUCAAGACCUAGGACUGGAUUAAAUAUAUAUAUUUAUAUACAGGGUGUAUCAAAAAAAGUAAGACAAUUUUGAAAUUGCUCUCAAUUCCAC